AUGAGAUCAAGACGGAAGUAUUUGUCUAGUGUCGAGAUUCUGAUCGUCGCUGUCACUAUACGUGAUAUGCAAGGCGGAGAUGAUGAUAAGCGCCGGAAUCGGUUCGUGGGAUCCAGGCACAGAGCUCCAUUCCCACGGUCACCUGAUUGGACGCUCACCGAGCUCACCCGUACUCACCACCUUGCCGUUCUCGGUGGAGAUCAAUCGGCGACCGAUAGCGGCAAUGGUUCCGGCAACGAGGGCCUAGAUGAUGACGAACGAACUUUCGAUCCACGAUCACCGCGAUCAAACUACAGCUUGUACCCUCUCGAGCAUCUCCUGUACUGCGAGGAUUGCCAACAGAUCCGCUGUCCGAGAUGUGUUACGGAAGAGACCGUGACAUACUAUUGCCCAAACUGCUUGUUUGAAGUCCCUAGUAGCAACCUCCGCAGCGAAGGCAACAGAUGCACCAGGAGUUGCUAUCAAUGCCCAGUGUGUAUUGGACCGCUACAGGUUGGUGCAAUACAACCAACCUCUGAUGCCAAUCUGCUCGCUCCGGAGGGGCAACCAAGCUCAGCCGGUGGCCCGUAUGCACUCUUUUGCCAGUAUUGUAACUGGUCUUCUACCGAAAUUGGAAUCGAGUUCGAACGACCGAGCGGUAUACAUUCACAGCUUGGCAAGUUGAAUAAUGGCGGUACACCAAAAAUUACCAUGAAAGACGUCAAGGAGCGACGGAAAGAGAACCCAGAUGAGCCACCGUUUCCAGACGAUGAGAUGGACCACGAUUUACAGUUUACAAGUUUGAAGGCAUUUUACCAAGAGCAACUAGCAGAUGCAAACACCUCUCUCGGCGGUAUGCCGUUACACGAUAACAUAGGAUUCUCGUCACCGGCCGCUUUGUCGAGGAUAAUGUCACUAUACACUGGUCGAGGGCAUCCAGGACGCAUGCAACAAGGCCCAGCUGAUAUUGUGCGGGAAGCAUUGAGCUCCGAGGAGGGCCUCAAGCUAACCCAGUUGGAUGAGUCUAGCAUGAUCAAGAAGUUGACCCACCAGGGGUGGAAUGCGACUACGUCUGCAGAACAGCGCGAGCAUCAAGCUACUCCGGGACGCUUUCAGGAUGAUUUGCGUCCCAUACCAUAUCUUCUCCGGACCAAACGCUCUAAGCGUUGUCCUGCAUGUCGUCAUAUCAUCUCCAAACCCGAGAGCAAAGUCACAUCUACGAGAUUUAAAAUUCGGUUGGUCGCCAAGUCGUAUAUCCCAAACAUCACGAUUCGCCCGAUGAACCCAACUGCAGAGCCCGUGCCAGUCACCUCUCGCCCUGCCAUCAACGAAGAGGCUCCGCUGAAACCGUUGAAACCAUAUCAAUAUAUUCUCACGUUCAAGAACCCUCUCUUUGAAAACAUAAAAGUGACGCUUGCAACCCCAAAUACUACACCGGGGAGAUUUGCCAGCAAAGUCACCGUAUUGUGUCCGGAGUUCGAAGUUGACGCGAACACCGACAUGUGGGACGAUGCCUUGAAGGAUGAUGGACGAGACAAGAGUCGCAAAGGGGAUGAAAGGGCCGGCCAGGGAGAAGCGGCAAAGAUUUGGCAACGGGGGCGCAAUUGGGUCAGCAUCAUACUCGAGGUGAUACCAGCAUCCCUACGACCAGAGCAUCAAACCUUACUCGGCAAAGACCAGGACGAAGUCGACGAUAGUCCCUUGAAGGAAGAUGAGGACAUCUUGGAAAUACCCAUGUUUGUACGGAUGGAGUGGGAGGCAGAUGUCCAACACGAGAUGGGCAGCGCCCCUGGAAAAGACAAGGAGGCUAGAGAGAAGAGGGAACUAGCAUAUUGGUGUGUUCUCGGCGUAGGACGCAUCAGUCACGAAUGA